UUGCUCUGUUUGGAUGAUGCAGGAUUGCUUUAAGCAGUAAGCUUACUGUUUUCAGAUAGCAUUAAAGCAUCAGUGAUAUAGCUGUAUCAGUCCCCUUGAAUACUGGAUGCCUUUGAUCACACAGAGGAAACUAUAUUUAAGAUCCGAUUUCUUGAUGGCAAUGACUUCAGCAGUUAUUGAUGGACAGAUCGGCUGUUGAUGCUUUCUUCACUAGGCUACAAGAUGCUGACAGAGAGAUUGCUAUGUGAUGUUCUUUUAUAAGAAAGGAAAUGGAAUAUUUGAGGGUUUCUGGAAAUAGGAAGGUCAUGCAGCUUGGAACCGGUGAGCCAUUCCAAUCUAGAAAUGAUGAAGAAGCUGUUGUGGACAGAGGUGGCACUCGUUCCAUUCUCAAAACGCAUUUUGAAAAGGAAGACUUGGAAGGUCACCGAACAUUGUUCAUUGGAGUUCAUGUACCACUGGGUGGAAGAAAAAGUCACCGACGUCAUAGACACCGUGGACACAAACACAGAAAGAGAGACAGGGAACGAGAUUCAGGAUUAGAGGAUGGGAGAGAGUCACCUCCUUUUGACACCCCAUCACAAAGGGUGCAGUUUAUUCUUGGAACAGAGGAUGAUGAUGAGGAACACAUUCCUCAUGACCUCUUUACUGAACUUGAUGAGAUUUGCUGCCGUGAAGGAGAGGAUGCUGAAUGGAGAGAGACAGCAAGAUGGUUGAAGUUUGAAGAAGAUGUAGAGGAUGGUGGAGAGAGAUGGAGCAAACCAUACGUUGCCACUCUGUCACUUCAUAGCUUGUUUGAGUUGAGAAGUUGUAUCCUGAAUGGUACAGUUCUACUGGACAUGAGAGCUAAUUCUUUAGAAGAAAUUGCAGAUAUGAUUCUUGACCAGCAAGUGGGCUCUGGGCAGCUCAGCGAAGAUGUUCGUCACAGAGUACAUGAAGCUUUACUGAAGCAGCACCACCAUCAGAAUCAGAAGAAGUUAAGCAACAGGAUUCCAAUUGUCAGAUCCUUUGCUGAUAUUGGCAAGAAACAGUCCGAGCCUCAUUCCAUGGACAAAAAUGCAGGUCAGAUUGUUUCCCCACAGUCUGCUCCCGCCUGCAUUGAAAAUAAAAAUGACGUGAGCAGAGAAAACAGCACUGUUGACUUUAGCAAGGUUGACCUACACUUUAUGAAAAAGAUACCUCCUGGAGCUGAAGCGUCAAAUAUUUUAGUUGGUGAACUAGAGUUUUUGGAUCGUGCCGUAGUUGCUUUUGUUAGAUUGUCCCCUGCAGUAUUGCUUUCAGGACUAGCUGAAGUUCCAAUUCCAACACGAUUUUUGUUUAUUCUUCUGGGACCACUAGGGAAGGGCCAACAGUACCAUGAGAUUGGAAGAUCAAUUGCAACACUAAUGACAGAUGAGGUAUUCCAUGAUGUUGCUUAUAAAGCUAAAGAUCGUAAUGACUUGGUUUCUGGAAUAGAUGAGUUUCUUGAUCAGGUUACAGUUCUCCCUCCUGGAGAAUGGGACCCAACAAUUCGAAUAGAGCCACCCAAAAAUGUUCCCUCUCAGGAGAAACGCAAGGUCCCAGGAGUGCCAAAUGGAACAGCAGCUCACGGGGACCCGGUACCACUGGGAGGACACAGUGGACCAGAAUUGCAGCGGACUGGAAAGUUUUUUGGGGGAUUGAUUUUAGAUAUCAAAAGAAAAGUUCCCUUCUUCUGGAGUGACUUCAGGGAUGCUUUCAGUCUGCAGUGUCUAGCAUCAUUUUUAUUUCUCUACUGUGCUUGUAUGUCUCCUGUCAUCACGUUUGGAGGUCUGCUGGGAGAAGCAACUGAAGGUCGUAUAAGUGCAAUCGAAUCUUUGUUUGGAGCAUCCAUGACUGGAAUAGCCUACUCUCUCUUUGGUGGACAGCCUCUUACUAUACUAGGCAGCACAGGGCCAGUGCUGGUGUUUGAAAAGAUAUUAUUUAAAUUUUGCAAAGAAUAUGGGUUAUCAUACCUUUCUUUGAGAGCUAGCAUUGGACUAUGGACUGCAACUCUAUGCAUCAUCCUUGUUGCAACUGAUGCAAGCUCCCUAGUCUGUUACAUUACCCGGUUUACUGAAGAAGCAUUUGCUUCACUUAUCUGCAUCAUUUUCAUUUAUGAGGCCUUAGAGAAGCUAUUUCAUCUCGGUGAGACGUAUCCAAUCAACAUGCAUAAUGAUUUGGAACUGCUGACUCAAUACUCAUGUAGUUGUGUGGAGCCACAUAAUCCUAGCAAUAAGACCUUGCAAUAUUGGAAUGACCACAAUAUCUCUGCAUCGGACAUACCUUGGGGAAACCUAACGGUGUCAGAAUGUGGGACGUUUCAUGGGGAGUAUGUUGGAAGAGCCUGUGGACAUCAUGGCCCUUACGUUCCAGAUGUUCUCUUCUGGUCAGUCAUCCUGUUCUUUUCUACAGUAACACUAUCAUCCACACUGAAGCAGUUCAAGACUAGCCGAUAUUUUCCAACAAAGGUGCGAUCUAUAGUCAGUGACUUCGCUGUCUUUCUCACUAUUAUGUCCAUGGUUUUAAUUGACUACGCACUGGGGAUUCCAUCUCCAAAGCUUCAGGUUCCAAAUGCAUUCAAGCCCACCAGAGAUGAUCGUGGCUGGUUUGUCUCUCCUCUGGGGCCUAAUCCUUGGUGGACCAUUUUAGCUGCCGUAAUUCCAGCUCUGCUUUGUACUAUUCUUAUCUUCAUGGACCAGCAGAUUACAGCUGUUAUUAUCAACAGAAAAGAACACAAACUAAAGAAAGGGUGUGGAUACCAUCUCGACUUGUUGAUGGUGGCACUCAUGCUUGGAGUGUGCUCUAUUAUGGGAUUACCAUGGUUUGUUGCUGCCACCGUCCUUUCUAUUUCCCAUGUGAAUAGUUUGAAACUGGAAUCAGAGUGCUCUGCUCCAGGAGAGCAGCCCAAAUUUCUUGGAAUACGGGAACAAAGAGUUACAGGGCUCAUGAUCUUUGUCCUAAUGGGCUCAUCUGUCUUUUUGACGAGUAUUCUUAAGUUUAUUCCUAUGCCAGUACUCUAUGGGGUAUUUCUUUACAUGGGUGCUUCAUCUCUAAAGGGAAUUCAGCUUUUUGAUAGAAUAAAGUUAUUUUGGAUGCCUGCAAAGCAUCAACCAGAUUUUAUUUAUCUGAGGCAUGUUCCUCUUCGAAAAGUCCACCUCUUCACCAUAAUUCAGCUGAGCUGUCUUGUACUCCUAUGGAUUAUAAAGGUUUCAAGAGCUGCCAUUGUCUUUCCAAUGAUGGUUUUAGCUUUGGUGUUUGUCAGAAAACUCAUGGAUUUAUUUUUUACCAAACGGGAGUUAAGCUGGUUGGAUGAUUUGAUGCCUGAGAGCAAGAAAAAGAAACUGGAAGAUGCAGAAAAAGAGGAAGAACAAAGUAUGUUAGCAAUGGAAGAGGAGGGCACUGUUCAGUUACCACUCGAAGGUCAUUACAGAGAUGAUCCAUCUGUAAUAAAUAUUUCUGAUGAAAUGGCAAAAACUGCCGUAUGGAAGACAUUGCUGAUAUCCUCAGAGAAUGCAAAGGAUAAGGAGUCAAGCUUUCCUUCUAAAAGUGCUGAAAGCAGAAGAGAGAAGAAAGCUGACUCAGGGAAAGAUGUUGACCGGGAGACUUGUCUAUGACUUGUUCUUCAAUUUAUUUUUACAAACAAAUGAAAGGAAUGCCACAAUCAUUAAUAUAACUGAUUUGAUCAUAUAUUGUAAACUUGUCUUUCAUCCCAUACUAGCACAGGUAAUGUAUGUAGUGCAAUAUUUAUUUCAUUUUCUUCUAAGUGUCUACACCAUCAGAUAUCUGUGCAAAAAUCUACUGUACCCAAUGCAAAAAUCUUCACUUUCCUUGCUAUGUUUUAGCCAUUUGUUAAUACUGAAUUCAUCUCAACAAUUUAGUAAGCAUAGUUUCUUUCAAAUGUAACUUAGUAGCUUUGUACUGUAUUUUUCUACUUCACUUGUGUGAAGAUCUCUAAUAAUUUCAUUCAAAACAAACUUGAAACAUAGCCCCAUUUCUUUUUUAGCUCUAGUCAAUUAUUUCGAGACCCAAAUUAACAAGAUUUAAAAAAAAAAAAAACUGACCUGAUCCUGCAAACCCUAUCUCCC